CCCUUCCUCCUUCCUUCUCCCGAGCACCAUGGAGUUCUCCGAGAGGAAAAGAAGCAGGAAAUCCCAAAGCUUCAAAUUGGUGAACCAAGAUUAUCACCAUGAGAUAUAUAAGGUUUCUGACUUCAGCAAUGAUGUUAAUGGAGAGGCUAAAGAGACACAACCCAUUUUUUUAGGAGAUGAAAGCAUGGAAAUUAAAAAACAAAUUACAGGGAUGAGAAGAUUAUUGAAUGACAGCACUGGAAGAAUCUAUCAGCGUGUUGGCAAAGAGGGAGAAAAACUGAAGGAAGAACCCCAGGAUUUAGACUUAGUCUGGGGCCAACAUUUGAAUUCUUCCACUGAGGUCUCACAGAGCCUCCACCCUUCCCCUAGUGGUACAUGGAAUGAGUUACCAUCUCCAAUUGGCCAAUUCCCAGGGCAGUAUGGAACCCGAUCUAAAACUUUCCAGAAUCAGUCCAAAACUACUGGAGGAUCCAAUGGAGAACUUCCAGCAGUGAAUUCAUCAUUUGGAUCAAACUGCUGUACUUGUAACUGCCAGUCAACCUUGCAGGCUAUUCUUCAAGAACUCAAGACCAUGAGAAAAUUAAUGCAGAUUCAAGCAGUUGGAACACAGAACAGACAACAGCCCCCGAUUUCCCAUCUAUGCUCCCAGAGAACAGCUGUGUCCCGAAAAAGAAAUAAAAAGAAAAAAAUACUCCCAAAGAUCACUGAACCUCUUUCCACGAAUAAGAAGCCCAGUGUAAUAGAGAAUGAAAAGAGAGCAGUUGCCUCUGAACACUCUGUCCUUCAAAACACUGAACACAUCCCAACUGAGGAGAACCAUGUUUUAGGAUUUGGCAUUGUUCUUGAAUCACCAUCUUCAGAUCCAGAAGUGCAACUUGCUGAAGGCUUUGAUGUGUUUAUGCCUAAAUCUCAGCUGGACUCUAUAUUGUCAAACUACACUCGCUCAGGAAGCCUUCUCUUUAGAAAAUUGGUGUGUGCAUUUUUUGAUGACAAGACUUUGGCAAACUCCUUGCCCAAUGGAAAGAGGAAAAGAGGACUCAAUGACAACCGGAAAGGACUAGACCAAAAUAUUGUGGGUGCAAUAAAAGUCUUCACAGAAAAAUACUGCACUGCUAACCAUGUGGAUAAACUUCCUGGCCCAAGAGACUGGGUACAGAUUCUACAAGAUCAAAUUAAAUUGGCCAGAAGAAGGUUAAAAAGAGGCUCAGCAGAGGUAGCUGACUGUGAUGAAAAACUGGACAGCAUUUCUAUACCACCAACAGGUCAUAUUUUUGAAACCAGGACAGAGAAGAUGGAAGACAUAGAAGCAGAUUUCAUUGCCUAGACUUUCAUUUCUGUG